AUGUCUGACCAGAAUUUAAGUGUACUUCUCUACAAAAAAGGCGAAAUACAAAUGGUAGAACGACCCAUCCAAGAGCCAGGCCCAGGAGAGGUCCAAUUAUGUAUGCAGCAAGUCGGAAUUUGUGGGUCAGACGUUCAUUUCUGGCAACAUGGAGAAAUUGGUGACUUUGUGGUCAAGAAGCCGAUGGUUCUUGGACACGAGGGGAGUGGAAUGGUCAGCAAGCUUGGAGAGGGAGUAACGUCUCUAAAAGUCGGUGACAGAGUUGCCAUAGAGCCUGGGGUUCCUUGUCGGACGUGUAAACACUGUAAAAGCGGUCGCUACAAUCUCUGCAAAGACUGCGUGUUUUGUGCCACGCCCCCGCAUGAUGGUAACUUGAGCCGGUAUUUCGUGCAUGCUGCAGAUUUCUGCUUCAAACUGCCAGACCACGUGAGCUGUGAAGAGGGCGCCCUGUUGGAGCCUCUCUCUGUGAGCGUCCAUGCAUGUAACAGGGGAGGGAUUAAACUGGGGAGCAAAGUCCUUGUUUGUGGAGCAGGUCCCAUCGGGCUGGUAACUCUUCUCACAGCGAAGGCCAUGGGUGCUUCGGUAGUGUGUAUCACAGACAUUGAUGAAUCACGGUUGACAAUGGCUAAAAAGAUGGGUGCUACAUACACAGUAAAGGUGACUAGUCGAGACCCACAAGUGGUCGCCAAGCAGAUAGAGGAAACUAUGGGUGACUUGGCUGAGAUUACCAUCGAAUGCAGUGGAGCGACACCUAGUGUACAGACAUCGAUAUACGCGACUGAGGAAGGGGGCUGUGUGGUUUUAGUAGGAUGUUGUCCGAAGUUCAUCGAACUGCCGGUAACUGCCGCUUCCCUGCGUGAGGUCGACAUUAGAGGAAAUCUUCGGUACGCUAAUUGCUAUCCGACGGCUUUAGAAAUGGUAGCCUCCGGGAAAGUUAACAUCAAACCAUUGAUAACACACAGAUUCCCAUUGGAGGAUUCCAUGAAGGCGUUCCAGACGACCUUGCGGGGUGAAGGAAUCAAGGUCAUGAUCGAAUGUGCACGAUAG